UUGUGCUCUCGGCCACCGUAGAUUCAUUCUCUAUCAAGAUGGCGCUGCGCACAACAGUAUCUGUUGGUGUAUUAAGGAAUUGGUUUGAUUUCAGAGUCAACAAUGCGAUGACUUUUGUCACAACAGCGUUCCUCUGUCGACGGCGUCCUCCUCUGGGUCCGAUGCCGAAUGAAGACAUCGAUGUUCAAAACAUUGACACUGUAGAGAAAUACCGUAGCUACAACCGUUACUUCACUCGGGCUGAAGAGGCGAAGAACAAGCCGGUCUGGUGGAAGACCUACCAAGGAUGGAUGGAGAAAGAGGAUCCAGAACACGGUGCCGCGCGAGUGAACAUCGGACUACAUCGUUCUCGACCUUCUAGAACCAAUGAGCUGAGAGCGAGGAGGCAGACGAUGAAGGAGAACAAGCUCAAUGUCGAACUGGAGAGGGACUGUCGUUUACGCACGUUCAAGAUAUCUUUGGAUCGAGUGCAGGAAACGUGGGAGAAGAGCAGUGGUCCCUUUCAUAUAAGAAGACUGGCAGACCACUAUGGAGUCUUCAGGGAUCUUUUCCCGAAGGCGUAUUUCCAGCCUCAAAUCCCUCUGAGGAUCUGCUAUAGCCAAGGAACGAGUAGUGACGUCUAUUAUGGGAAUCAACUAACGCCGACAGAAACAGCAUCUGCCCCAAUGGUCAGCUUUAACGCAGAUGAGGGCUCCCUUUGGACCCUCCUGCUCACCUCCCCAGAUGAACAUCUUCUCGAUAAUGAAGCCGAAUACCUGCACUGGCUUGUUGGGAACAUCCCUGGCGAGGCGGUGCAGGCUGGAGAAGAACUAUGUCACUAUCUAGCUCCUUUCCCCGCAAAAGGAACUGGCUGCCACCGCUACAUUUACAUCCUUUUCAAGCAGGAGGGGCGCAUCAACUUCCAGGAAGACUUGAGGCCUCCGCCGUGUCAUUCGCUGGCAGACCGUACGUUCAAAACAGUGGAUUUCUACAGAAAGCACCAGGAGAGCAUAACACCUGCAGGUCUGGCGUUUUUUCAAUGCGAAUGGGAUGAAUCUGUCACCGGCACCUUUCACAACACCCUCAACAUGAGGGAGCCAGUGUUUGAAUUCAUCCGUCCUCCGGUGUACCAUCCACCACAAGUGAAAUACCCCCACGGACAACCGCUACGUUACCUGGACAGAUAUAGAGAUGGAAAGGAGCACACCUAUGGCAUCUACUGAUAUAUGCUUCGAUAUGAAUAAAACAAAGCAGAUAUGUUCAAAUGUC